AUGGGAGCUUUGGCAGAGCAUUGUGCCUUCGACAUCAACAUUGUGGCGGAGCCCUGCCGCAAAAAAUUUGGGAAGGAGGCCUUCGAGCAUGGAUUCAACUUCUUGAUCGACUCCAUGGACUACUUGGGCUUCACACGUGCCAUCAGCGAUGUACGCUUGGAUCAGAAUGACAUCCUCUUGAACGGGGCUCACAGGGUGGCCAUUGCGCUGGCGAUGGGCUUCACGAGCGUUCCUGUCACGCCCACUGCCCUGCAUGACGGCAUCACUGGUGGCGUUGACCAGACUGUCAUGCUGAACAAUCUUGAGAAGUUACAUGGUCAUGACCAUGGCCGUUCAUUGAUGUCGAGCCUGUUUCUGGAGCUGAUCGCUCGGGAACAACAUCCGCAAGCGAUUCGCCAGCUUGGAGUCGCUUUUGUUUGGCCCAAAGCUCCACGAAACUUUACAGAGAAAGCUGAAGCCGCAAUUUUUGAGAACUUCUUCCUGGUGAUGCCGCACUGGGAGGUGAAACUACGAGGAGAAGGUUGCUUCAACUUGUUGCAGCUGCUAUAUUCCUCGCAUGCUUGGUCCAAGCAACCAGAGUAUGUUCUGGCAAAGGCAAGGAGAUCAUGUGGUGCAGACUAUGCAAAGAAAACGACUGGUGGAGAUUUGAUUGUCUUCGAGCUUCGAAAGGAUGAACUUCCUGUGCUUGAGAAGGUCAAAUCUGAGUUGCAGACUGGCGCCCCCAAUGCAAUGUUCAUAUCAUCCAAUCCAACCGCGGCGAUCACAACACUGCACACGCCGACGAUGAAGUUCUUGAACUCUGCACCAGCAAAUGCAAGGCUUCCUGAGAUGGUGCAGAAGUUACCAGGACAUCUUCAAUCUAUUUGUGUGUUGGGUGAUUCCACUCUUCUGGAGCUAUUGCAGCUGCGACCAGCUGAACAACUUGAGAUCAUUUGCACCUCAAAGACGGACCUACCAAAGGAUCCGAAGGUCUUGGACUAUGCCGCUGAGCCUUGGCUGGGGCUGUACGGAAAGAACGUUGCUGAUUUGGUGCAUGAUCCCUCUGGCUAUUUUUGGGCAGGGGGUUGGAGGGUGCAAACGCCUCAGCGACUGAUUCCUUUCAAGGAAGCCCGUCAUGCUCACCUAUGCCGCAGUAGUCCAUGUGACUUCAACAGUGACCUGCGAGAGGUAACACUGCUGAGGAGUUUCGAUUUCUCGGAGGAAAACACGGAGUGA